AUGUCCAAACGAAUUAUGUCGCAACAAAGUUUUGAUAUAAAAUUAAUUACUGUAAAAAGAGGCAAUUUAUUGGUUUUAUUUAACAAUUUUAACUAUAACAAAAAUAUCAGAUACGCUUCUGGUGAAAUAAAAUGGAGGUGUAAUAACAAAUAUUACAACGCAUUUAUAAAAACCAUUGGAGGGAGCAACAUAAUAUAUAGCACUUUGAAAAAUUCGUCAAGUGAUACUUUAUGCCUUCCAAUUUCAAACCAAAUACUAGAAAGACAAGAAAUAAGUAAUUGUGUAAAAAAAACGGUGGAAGAUAUUCGUCAUAAACCGAGUAAAUACUUUUCAAAAAAUAAAUAA